CUCUGCAGGCGGGUUGUGGCGAGAUGGACGCAUCCCGUCGUCGUUGAGGCGGCCUCUCUUCUCCCGGCUCUUCCGACCUCCAACAACACCACCCCGGCCAAGCAAGCUCGGAGCUCCCUCAAGAACGGAGGAACAGACACAAUGUCCAGUGCCAGCCUUCCUCCUGUGGGCAACCUGCCACACUGGAGCCGAGUCACCAGCCUCGACCGUGCCCACUACCCACGGCCUGCGGAUGGGGAGCGGCCAGUCCACCGCCUCAAUGUUCAGCCAGCCCCGGCAGAGGGCAUCACCUUGGCUGUUGGCAGCGGUGGGUGGGACGGGAAAGGGUCAGGAGACGUGAGGUCAGAGUCUGGUGCGGGCUCUGCAAGGUCCGAGCGGGGGCUAGAGCAUGGCAAGGCGACUGCCACCGGUGGUGUCGAGGCGUCGAGCCUGGCUGGCCGCAGGAUUUUACAGCUCGAACGGAGCCUGGAGUUCGUGCAGAAGGAGCACGCGGACAUGCUGCAGAGGCUGCACGCCGAGGUCGAUCGACUCACGCGGGAGAACAAGGAUCUGCAAUUCAUGCUGAUUGUGAACCAGAGGGACCUGCAUUCAAGUGAAGAGAGAAGUUCUAUUGAUGCAUCAGAAAGCAAUGAAUCGAAACUGAGUCGCUCAGAAAGUUGUGAGCAGUUCAGCGGUGUAAACUCAAAAGGGUCCGGGACAGAGAGAACAAAUCAAAUAAGAUCAGAAAAGGAGGUUGCGCAGGCAAUAAAAAAUGAUCACCAAGUCACGGGGUCUGAAGACUCCAGUGCUCAUCCUGUGAACGUGACUGGGGGUGCGCUGAAACGAAGACCCCUACAUCAAGCUGCGAUGAUGGACAGGGCGUGGGCGGACACAGCCCAGCAGACAUCAUCACCCAUGCUGCUUGUGCAGGCAGGCAAGGGUGGCCUGGCCCCCGUGAAGACGUCAUUCGGUCUCGCCGGCCCUGCGUCCAUUCUAGAAUUCCAGCAGUUGGUUCGGCGCCUGCAGAAGGUCAACCAGCAGCAGGCUGACGAGUCUCCAAGGCCUACCUCUGCUGCUUGUGAUUGCCUCCUUUUCCUGCUUCUUUUAAAGCUGCUGCAGCUGAAGACGAAGCUGAGGAAUGCUGCCAUUGCAGACAGGCUGCCUGCCAACUCCGUGCUUGUGGCCAAGCCUCUGUUCUCCAGCCGUUCAAAUGAGCAAUGGCAAACAACCAACAGACUACCUAAAAUACCCAUCAAGAAUCCAGUCAAAAAAAUGCCUCUGCGAACAGAACCCAAGCUGUCCCUGCCUUCACUUGUGCAGCCGCUCAGAAGGGAGGUUGCACAGGAUGGCAGCGAAAAGGACAGCCAAAAGAUGCUGCCCAGCUAAGAAUACAAAAACGUUGCAUGUAAUAGCACACGUUUCGAAAUGCAAUCACCUAAUUGUCCCCCAGUUUAAUACAAGAUUAACGUGUUUCUUUACAUUUGUCAUUUAUAUUCUUGAAAACACUUGAUAAUGUUCACCAUAUUGUGCAAGCGUUAUCAGUUCUUUCAAACAAAUGGGGGGAUUUGAAAAUUAAAGGAAAUAUUUAUGUACAAUUGUUGCACAUGGCAUCCAUGGUGCCGGUGCAGUGUUGCGUUCAUGCACAUUAUAUACUCUGAUCAAUGCCAAAUGUGGCCUUUUCAGAGUAGAGUGGUAUAUUUUAUGCCACUGUAGUGGAGUGUUAAGUGAUAAACUAUUACGUCUAAAUCAUACAUUUGAUUUGCACAGCAUUUGUAAGCAAUGCAAUAAAAUGCUGGAGCAUGUGUUUCUGCUUAAAUUCUGAUGGCCUAUGUUGUGUUAAAAUUGUCAUUUAAAGUGAAAACAACAAUAAUAAAAAUAUGCUGACAUGAUGAGCCAAGUCUAUCAUGAUUGUACGUCUAAUCAUUCGAUGUAACGCUGCAGUUGCCAUCAAGAAGAGGUAACACAGACCCAUCAAGUUGUACUUGUAAUACAGUAUAUUAUUCAUAUUUCUGUUAACUGCCCCCGACUGGAAACACUCAAUUUUCACAGUAAGCAUAUACCAAGUACAUCAAACAGACGCUGGAUGCAGGUGAGAGUUAGGUGAGCGUGAGGCAGGCUUGCCGUACGCUCAGCGCCCAGGCAUUGAGUAUGGCUGUCACCGCAUGCCGGUCGGGCAGCUUCAUGAUGCGCGACUCCAGCAUGUCGUGAAUGGCACGCAAGAACGGGCUCGUCCUCUGUCACCAACAGACAAACAGUCCCAUCAUGACCAUUCCUCCCCCGAACCCCCAAAUACACUCACAUCAGUUGCACAUGAGACAUGAAUCACGUUGCCCUCAUUUGUAUCCAUUGCACAUGUACAGCCCUUGAGUCAACCGCUGCUGGAUGAGGGCCUGCCCAUGCCAUGCAGGUUUAACGAAGUUACUUGACUAUACUUCGGCAUGUUGGUCAGUCCGGGUUGGCGAACGGAGAAAAUAUAGAGGAAUUAAUAAGUGCAACGAUGGGAUUUGCUGCACUCCCCUCUGCUGCCCACAACGUAGCUGCGCAGUCCCAUAAUGCUCGCUAUGCAUGGCAAUCACCCAACCAAGCAUUAUC